AUGGCUUCGGCGACUUUUUCUUUGGCCAAACCAUCCCUUCAGGGUUUCUCUGAGUUCUCAGGACUCCGAAACUCCUCUGCUCUUCCCUUUGCCAAGAAAUCCUCUUCCGAUGAGUUUGUUUCCUUCGUCUCUUUCCAGACUUCUGCAAUGGGAGGCAAUGGUGGAUACAGGAAAGGAGUGACCGAGGCCAAGAUAAAGGUAGCCAUCAAUGGGUUCGGUAGGAUUGGUAGGAACUUCUUGAGGUGUUGGCAUGGACGUAAAGACUCUCCUCUCGAUGUCAUUGCCAUUAACGACACCGGCGGUGUCAAACAAGCAUCGCAUCUCCUCAAAUACGACUCAACUCUUGGAAUCUUCGACGCUGAUGUCAAACCUUCUGGUGACUCUGCUCUCUCUGUUGAUGGCAAGAUCAUCAAGAUUGUGUCUGAUCGUAACCCAUCUAAUCUCCCCUGGGGGGAAUUAGGCAUUGACUUGGUGAUCGAAGGAACCGGAGUGUUUGUGGACAGAGAUGGUGCUGGAAAGCAUCUUCAGGCUGGAGCCAAGAAAGUUCUGAUUACUGCUCCUGGCAAAGGAGAUAUCCCAACUUAUGUUGUUGGUGUCAAUGAUGAACUCUACAGCCAUGAAGAUACAAUCAUCAGCAACGCUUCUUGUACUACUAACUGUCUUGCUCCAUUCGUCAAGGUUCUUGACCAGAAAUUCGGGAUCAUAAAGGGUACAAUGACAACUACUCACUCAUACACUGGUGACCAGAGGCUGUUAGAUGCGAGCCACCGUGAUCUAAGGAGAGCAAGAGCAGCGGCUCUAAACAUUGUGCCAACAUCUACUGGAGCGGCAAAAGCCGUGGCUCUCGUGCUCCCUAACCUCAAAGGAAAGCUCAAUGGAAUCGCGCUGCGUGUGCCAACUCCUAACGUCUCAGUGGUUGACUUGGUGGUGCAGGUCACCAAGAAGACUUUCGCUGAAGAGGUCAAUGCUGCUUUCAGAGACUCAGCUGAGAAAGAGCUUAAAGGUAUACUCGCUGUCUGCGAUGAGCCGCUCGUCUCUGUUGACUUCAGGUGCUCUGAUGUGUCAUCCACCAUUGAUUCUUCUCUCACAAUGGUUAUGGGAGAUGAUAUGGUUAAAGUGAUUGCUUGGUAUGAUAAUGAAUGGGGUUACUCUCAGAGAGUUGUUGAUUUGGCUGACAUUGUUGCCAAUAAAUGGAAGUAUUGA